GCUAACGCUGCAGGUGGGACCCGCUCUUCCGGACCUCCAGACGCUCAUAAAGGCCGACCUGGAAGCCUCUUCCUGGAUUUUCACAUGCUGGUCCCUGGCUUCAUCAUCGGCUCCUUUCUGUCAGGCCUCCUCUACGACCGCUGCAGUCGUCUGUGGCUUACUCUCGCCACAACGGUCGGCGCCGGCGUCUGCACGCUUAUGACUCCAUAUAUGACGUCACUGACUGGGAUGCUAGCACUACGCGUGGCAUCGGGCUUGUUUUGUGGCGCUUUAGACACUGGCGCCAACACUAUUGUGUCGUCUAUAUGGGAGAGCGACUCGGGUCCCUACAUGCAGGCACUAUAUCUCUCCUACACGGUCGGGGGCAUCGUAGCCCCAUUUGUCACCCGGCCCUUUAUGUCAUCUGAAAACGAGAAACACACCGGUGGACACCUGAAUGGGGAUGAAAAAGGAAUCGACGAUCACACAAGAGUUGUUUCAUUGACGAAUUCCCAGUUAACUUCAAAUAAUUAUUCCAACAUUAGUCAGAGGCUGUAUUCUCGUUUUGAAUCUGAAGCUAUGAAUAUAUCACAGUUCAGUCAGGAAUCGUCGAUGCUUUUUGAAAGAACGUCUCAAAUCCAUUAUGCAUUUAUAGUCACCGGUGUUCUAGCUUUUAUGUCGUCAUUUCCGUAUCUUGCCAUGAUAGUCAGCGGACGAUUCUCGUCGAAAAGUAAACCGCGGCGUUGUGAGAUCACUGUCAGCGGCGAUCAAGAAAGUUUGACCGAUGAUUCAUUGACACACACCGAGUCAAGAGAUGUGACCUUAAAACGACCGGACCAUCGUAACAAAUGUUUACUCUUAGUUUGCUUAGCCGCAAUCAACAUUCUCUACAACGCGGUUGAGGACAGUUUUGGAGACUUCGUGAUCACAUUUUGUCUCGAGUAUUUGCAGUGGAGCAACACCCAAUCGGUGGCACUGUUGUCGCUCUACUGGCUGGCCAGCUGUAUCGGCGGCCUUACUGGCAUCCUUCUAGUCAGGGUCAUCGGUUCCGGUCGCCUGCUCGCCGUCAUGCACGUGGGUUGGAUCCUAACGUUUGGGCUAGCGAGUCUCGGCAGCGUCUUCCGCAUCCACGCGCUCAUCUGGUUCUCAAUGCCCGCUUCCGGUUUCUUCAUGGUGCAGAUUAUUCCCGCGGUAUUCUCGUGGACCGCCGAAAACGUGUGCCCGGUCACCGGAAAGGUGUCGUCCUUGUUUCUUAUCGCCACAGGCGUCGGUAUCGCCGGCAAUCCGUCGGUGAUCGGAUACCUCAUGGAGCGGUUUACGUUUGUCUCCUUCGUGUAUGUCCUGACGGGCGAGGCGAUCCUUUGUGCUGUCUGUAACUUCCUGGCUCUCCUCAUCGCCAGCAGACAGUCUAGUGGUCGGGGCCCGUACCCACCAACAAAAGCUUAAACUUAAGUGCAAGAAUAAAAAAUAUUUUUCUAAUUGAACAGAACAUAACAGCAAUAUAAGAGAUUUGCUUAUAUAUUUAUUAAAACUCUGCAUUGCCUCCUAGCUUUACAUCAUUCCUCAUGUAGAACAUUUUGUUCAGGACAUAAUCACCCGUGGUAGCCUGUAUAUAUUAAAACCCAGGACUUUGUUCUUGAUUCCAUUUAAAUUCUGUGAUCUCAACUCUAAUAAUGGGUUGAUGAGUACGGGACCCGGAUAGAAUACCGAUUGAAAUACUAACCGCUUUGAAUAAAGCCACCACGAGGACACUGCAAAACAGAAUUAGAGUGCUUGUGAUACUAGAUGUCCCGCGCAUAGCGAUGUUAACCAAAGUUCUAGUGAGUUUGUUAAGAAAACUCUCGCAUUUAGCGAUCUCAAUAAGAAUUUGUAUGAUGUUAUAUGACACAAACCGGUAAACACUUUUUUGACUGCAGAUCUGUGAUUGGACGAUAUUAUUUAUCAACGUAUUAGUUAUCAUCAGUGUUGAUGUAUAUGCAUCAAGUCUAUAAAGUUUAUCUUUGUUUUUAAACAUUUUGUGUGUGUACACAUUUGUAUUAAAGCAAAAUACGCAUACGAUUGUAUAUAAUGCAUACUGAGGUAUAUUCUUAUUGGAGUCAUAUUUAUUUUGUAAAUUUUUACAUUCAGUUUAGUGUCAAUGAUCUUCUCUUUAUCUCAUAUCGUACAGCUAUCGUGUGAUUGUACACCUUUAAUUCGCUGAACAUGUAUGCGAGUGAUUUCACAUAAAUAAUGAUGUAUGCAACCUCAAAGGGUUCACACAACUCAGCCAUGUAUAUAUGCGUCGCAUUUUGUAAAAGCUGGACAAAAUGCAUGUGCGUAACAUUUUAGACACUGCAAUUUACACAGGCUAAUCAAGGACAACCUUUCCACUUUUAUGGAAUUUAUCGUUGAAAGAGUUUCUUCUUUGCGAAAUCUUUGUUCCGACAUCAUUGUUUUCAUAUCCUCAUAUUUGCGUUUGAUCCUUGAUCCGUUUUAAUAUAUCGAGUACAUGUAUACAUAAUUACAUUGUUUUUUAUCGAAUGAUAUUAGUUUAAACGAAAUUCGCCAUCCAUUCCACUAGAUGUUCUGGACUCCUAGAGUGUACAUGUUCCUAUUUGGAAUAGUGCCUUUUUAUUGUACUGCUUCUUUAGAAACUGCUAUACAGGCCAGUAAUUCUGUCAUAUUUUGCAAUAUGUAUUCUUGAAAUUAUGUGAUAAACAAUGUUCUAAAAUGUUAUCAAACGCAGAGCUUGUGCACCGUGCGUUCUUAUUUGUGUUAGUUGAAGAUCCAGUACCGCUAUGUGAGCAGCUUACUCGAAGCAGUUAAAAUCAGGGACCACAUUCAAUUAACAUAUUUAAUGUAUCUUUUCAACUAUUCG